AUGGCUGAGACUACAUUAGAAGUAGGAAAUCGAAUUUUCGUCAAUUUUGCCGGGGAGCCGGAACAACGCGGAUUUUUACGAUAUUUAGGCCCGGUGGAUGGGCAGAAAGGAACCUGGUGCGGUAUCGAAUGGGAUGACGUGACGAGGGGCAAGCACAAUGGCACCGUCAACGGAAGGGAUUAUUUUCGGACUCGAGAGCCAAAAGCCGGAUCGUUUGUCAAGCGAGAGCUGGUGUCGGGCGGCAAAAAUUUGUUUAGCCAGAUCGAAGAGCGCUACGCAGUGGACGAGGACAACGAAGAAAACGAAUUUAUGGGUUCCCGAAUGGUCGAAAAAGUAGGGAUGCAGAAGGUGCACCAAAAACAAAGGGACAUCUUCCGGCUGAAAAUGAUCGUCCUUGAUGGUAUGCGAGUUGCGAAACCGCCACCCCUGUCGACACCUCUUUUUAGCUGCUGUAGCGAGCUGAAUUUGCACAAUAAUCUCUUGCACAGAUGGAAAGACGUGUUCGACAUUGUCAAUUGCUUCCCAAACCUGAGGGAGCUGAUUUUGAGGCAAAACGCAAUGGAAAAUGUGGACCGAGUCGAUGCUUUUGCCGACUACCCCGAUGUAAAGGCCCCAGUUUUUCACUUGGUGCUGAAUUAUUGCGGUGUUUCGGAGACGACGAUCACCGCUGUGUUGUCGAAAUUCCCGGCUGUCACGGAUCUGUACGCCAGUGGCAAUUGCUUGACUUCAUUCAACCCGGGAGAUUGCGGCAAAAAUUUGAGGCUCGUCGACCUCGAGCACAAUCCGAUCACCAGCUUCGCUUCGAUCGACUCGGCAAACGCGAUUACUGGGCUCGAAUCCUUGAGCUUGAUGAAUUGCCGUGUUUCGGAGGUUGCGCUUUCCGGACGAUUUCCAAACCUGAAAACGCUGUAUUUGAAGGGGAAUCCGUUGCACGAGUGGUCUUCUAUCAACGCGUUAUCUUCUCUCAAAUCUCUCUCUACCCUCUUCAUCAGCUCGGCCAAUUUUACGGCAGAAAAUGGCAUGGAUGUGCGAGAGGUCCUCAUCGCCAAACUGCCAACGAUAACGAUGCUGAAUCGAGGUGACGUGAGUGUCGUUGAGCGGCGAUCCGCUGAAAUGAGAUUCGUCAAUCGCUACAGCCAACUCGCAGAAGCUUUGAAGGCGCCUCACGAAGCCGACCUCAAGCGACUUAUAGCUAUUCACGGCGAGCCGAUCAAGGAAACCGUCAAGAAAGGAAUUUCGGUGAUACGCGUGAAAUUGAUCUACGAGGGAAAACUGGUGGAACGGCCAGUCCCGGCGUCAAUCACGGUUGCAAAACUACAAGAAAUCGCGGCGCGCGUAUUUUCGCUUGACCCCUCCGGGGUGACGUUGUUUGUGGAAAAGGAGGGCCGAACCCCUGACGAGCUAUCGAUUCUGGCCCGACAACUCUCCUUCUACUCCAUCGAGGCCGGCGACACGAUACGGAUUGAUGCC